AGUUGUGUCAUUAUUGUGGGAGGUAUAGUAAGUGGUGUGUAUUUGAACUGAUAUAGUGAAUUGCCUGCCUUUGUUGCAGCGAUAAUAUUUGAAAAAAAAAUAUAUAAAUUAUAAUAAAAAAUGUUCAACUCAAUACAACGUAUUAUUAUACCUUUGAAGGCUCGGGGGAGUGUCGUACAAUGUGCAAAACAAGUAAAUGGCUUUUUGGAAUCAAGUAGAGGUUACCAUGAAGUCACUGGUGAUAUUAUUUGUCCGUCAAUGGUGAUGGGAAUUGAUCAUCUUAGAGAUCCACGUUUAAAUAAGGGAUUGGCUUUCACCUUAGAAGAAAGACAGGUUCUAGGUAUCCAUGGACUCCAACCUGCCCGAUUCAAAACACAAGAAGAACAACUAGAACUCUGUAGAUUAUCUGUAGAAAGAUAUCAAGAAGAUUUAAACAAAUAUUUAUAUUUAGUUGAAUUACAAGAUCGAAAUGAGCGAUUAUUUUUUAGAUUAUUAUCUGAAAAUGUUGAAGCCAUGAUGCCUAUUGUUUAUACACCAACAGUAGGUUUAGCCUGUCAAAAAUUUGGUCUGAUUUAUCGACGGCCACGUGGUCUUUUCAUCACCAUCAACGAUAAAGACCAUGUAUUUCAAGUGCUUAAAAAUUGGCCCGAGCCAGAUGUACGUUGUAUUGUAGUUACGGACGGUGAACGUAUUUUGGGUCUUGGGGAUUUAGGUGCUUGUGGUAUGGGUAUUCCUGUUGGAAAACUAGCUUUAUAUACAGCUUUGGCUGGAAUAAAGCCACAUCAGUGCUUACCAAUCGUAUUGGAUGUUGGUACCAAUAACGAAAAAUUAUUAGAAGAUCCAUUGUAUAUUGGUCUUCGUCAAAAGCGGGUUUCCGGUCCACAGUAUGAUGACUUCAUUGAUGAAUUCAUGCAAGCUGUAGUUAAACGUUACAACCAAAACACCUUAAUCCAAUUCGAAGAUUUUGGAAACCAUAAUGCGUUUAGAUUUUUGGAUAAAUAUCGUAGCCAAUAUUGUACCUUUAACGAUGACAUUCAAGGAACGGCUAGCGUGGCAGUUGCUGGUUUAAUUGCUGCGAAAAAAGCAACUGGAAAACGUAUUUCUGAUAAUAAAUUCCAAUUUUUGGGAGCUGGUGAGGCCGCUAUUGGUAUUGCAGAUUUAUGUGUAAAAGCUAUGCAAGCUGAAGGAACACCAAUUGCAGAAGCUAGAUCGAAAAUCUGGAUGAUGGAUAUUGAUGGUUUGUUAGCUAAAGAUCGACCAGAAGGUCGUCUUGAAGGACAUAAAGCAUUCUAUGCAAAAGAUCAUGCUCCUUGCAAGAGUUUAUUGGAGAUUGUCAAAGAACAAAAACCUUCAGUUUUAAUUGGUGCAUCGGCCGCGGCGGGUGCUUUCACACCAGAAAUUUUACAAGAAAUGGCUGCAAAUAAUGAACGUCCUGUUAUUUUUGCACUCAGUAAUCCAACUUCAAGAGCUGAAUGUACUGCGGAACAAGCUUACCACAAUACUGAAGCUCGAUGUAUAUUUUCCAGUGGCUCACCGUUCCCACCCGUUGAGUUUAAAGGAAAAAUAUAUAAAACAGGACAAGGAAAUAACGCAUAUAUAUUCCCUGGUAUUGCGCUAGGUGUUAUUGCAACUGGUAUUCAUCAUAUUUCUGAAGAUUUAUUCUUGAUUGCUGCGCAGACGAUAGCUGAUAAUGUAUCGCAAGCAGAUGUAGAUGGUGGAAGUCUUUAUCCACCACUUUCAUCAAUUCGUGAAUGUUCAUUUGAAAUUGCAAUGAGGGUUGCGAAGUAUGCUUAUGAAAAAGGUUUAGCAUCUGUUUACCCAGAACCAAAAGAUAUGAAGAAAUACAUCCAAGAUCAAAUGUAUAAUUACAAUUAUGAUACAACAUUGCCUGAAACCUAUCCAUGGCCAUCAUCCGGUGAAUCACUCAAAACAAGAGAAAUGAUACCAACUAAAUUGUCUGCCUGAGGAAAGUGGUCCCCUACUCAACAGUAGGGCCAAAACCUUUAAGUUUUUGGUUUCUAUUUAUUUUCUCUUAUUUCAUUUAAUUUUUUUAAUUAAUGUAAAUUCAUUUAAUUUUAUUUUAAUUUGUAAA